AUGUCUCAUAAGGGGGCACAUGAAAUUGCUUUCAGGACCGAUAUUGCGCCCUGCAAAUCGGGCGCACAAUUGCGUGCCUAUAUGCAAGAUGUAUCAGGCAAAAUCCGUGAAACUCUAUACGAUGAUGGAUGGACGAAGGGAACAGAUAAGGAUUCAAUUGCCACCGCGAAACUUAGUUCUCCUAUAUGCUGUGCCACGAAAGAACCGAAGAUGUUUCGUGUGUAUUAUCUGUCCGUGGAUAAUAUUUUGAAAGAGGUCGCUUGCGAUGAUGGCAAUAAAUGGUACGAGGGUAGCAUGGGCAAAAGCAAAAUUACGGUUGCGCCUUACUCAAAGCUUGCUGCUUGCUACCUGGAGGGACAGGAUAUGAUGCUCCGAGCCUACUGUCAAAUGCCGGAUAAUAGCAUUCAGGAGUUCGGUUAUGAUAAUGACAAGGCUGGUUGGAAGAAGAUGCAAAGUCUGGGUACUGCCAUGCCAGGUACAGAAAUUUGCUGCACGUCUUUCAAGAUGUCGGACAUGUCUAUUCGUGUUUACUUUCAAGACAUGAACGAUGGCAUUAUUGAAAAUGCUACGAUAACAACAGGGGCUGAUAAGGUGGGAAUUCGUCUGUUCUAUGCUACGUCCAACCGCCUCCUCGAAAUGACUUUCGAUGGGAAGAGGUGGAACGACGGUAAUUUCCACGUUAACUGCAUUCCGGGAACCGAAAUGUCUUGCCUCAGCUGGGGUGGUGGAAAUAAUAUCAACAUGAGGGUCUACUUCCAAAAGGGGGAGCAAAUUACUGGCAUCUCGGAAUGGGUGUGGAACAAGGGGACCUGGAACCCUGAGCGCCUUGCUCUUCCCCCUGCUUAA